AUGCCUAGUUAUGUGAAAUUCGUGAAGGACAUUCUUUCGAAGAAAAGAAGGCUUGGAGAAUUUGAAACAGUGGCAAUGACAGAAGAAAGCAGCGUCAUCUCGCAGAAUAAAAUCCCUCUAAAGUUAAAAGAUCCUGGGAGUUUCACCAUCCUAUGUGCAAUUGGCAAUAACUACUUUGGAAAGGCUCUUUGUGAUUUAGGAGUAAGCUUAAAUCUUAUGCCUAUGUCAGUUUUCAGGAAGCUUGGAAUUGGGGAAGCAUGGCCAACCACAAUAACUCUUCAAUUGGCUGAUCGAUCUCUAGCUCAUCCAAAAGGGAAAAUUGAAGAUGUCCUGGUGAAAGUAGACAAGUUCAUCUUUCGUGUUGAUUUUAUUAUUUUGGAUUAUGAAGCUGACAGGGAAAUGCCCAUCAUUUUAGGAAGACCAUUCCUAGCAACAAGGAGGACAUUAAUAGAUGUGCAAAAAAGGGAGUUGACAAUGAGAGUCAAAUAUGAGCAGGUCACUUUUAACGUCCUCAAGUCAAUGAGACUUCCUAAUGAAGUGGAAGAAUGCUUUGUGGUGGAUGUAAUUGAUACUAGUGCUUUGAAGGAGCUGGAGCAAGCUUGCUCCAAAGACCUUCUAGACAUCUCAGCAUUGGUAGAGUUGGAAGAAGAAACUUCAUAA